AUGGCAACAGGGGAUCCAGCUGUGCUCCAAGUACCAUCUCAGGACGUGAAGCAAAGAAACAAGCCCCUGGUGAAGGGCAUGGCAACUCCAGAGAAGGCAACGAUUACAUUAGAUGCCAUGAAGAUGUUAGAUCCACGUCAGUUAAAACCUGACAGCAUUGAGACGGAAAGAAUCAUAACUGUCUUGGAUGAGACGAUUGCCAAGCUGGAGCUGAGCAGUUUGAUCCCAUGUAUUAUCAACUCUCUGGACAGGUUUGCUGAUAUGCUGGGACCUGAGAUCACAAACAGCCUGAUCGAGCACCAAAAGCUUUCAAAUGAAAUGGAGCACCUGCUUGCCAGCUCUGAAGAAGGGGACACCAUGAGAGCUGAGGAACAACGGGGCUGUCUCUGCUUGCUAGAGCAACGUCUGAAAUGUUCUGUUAGAAAUGUCCUGAGACUCUUGCUGGCCAACCCUUCACUUUGCCAGGCUCUGAAAUACAAAGCCUGGGCGAGAGAGUCACCAGCUGAAGUGUUUAUCAAAGCCUUCGGGGAGUUCAGGAAUUUCAUGCUUGAGACACUCCUGACUAGUCCUGUGGAAGAGGAAGAAAAGAUUCAGUUCAUGGAAGACAUCUCCCUCCAGAUUAAGAAAAACACUGAAGCAAUCACAGCUUUACAGGCAGAACUGGCAGCAGCAAUCCGGACUCAAGAGGAGGAGAUUCACAUGAAGGACAAUGUGAUCAAAGACCUCAAAAACGGCAUGCAAGAUCUGACCACAGACUGCAAGACUGGCAUCCAGCAGAUCAAGCAGGAAGGAGAAAAACAGCGAGAAGAGGAGCUGCAAGCCUCCCAGGCCAGGUGUGCUAGGCUACAGCAGGACAUUCAGCAGCUAGGAGCACAACUCAAUGCACUUGUACUGGAGCAUCGAGCAUCAGAGCUGGCUCUCAGAAAGAGGAAGUGCAGAGUGGAGAUGGAAAUUGUGAACUGGAUCCAGAAAUAUGACACAGACAUGGGAGAAAAACAGGCUGAGUAUGAGGAGGUUGAUGCUGCCUACACCGAGGAGAAGGCCCAGCUGUCCCUGCUGAUGGAGAAACACGCUGUGCUUCUCCAGGAGUAUUCCCAGAUUGAGGAGGAGCGCCGGAUACAUCAGAAGAAGGAGGAGCAGGCUUUGAAGGAACUGACCACCAAGACCCUUGCUGCCAUCCGCAUCCAGGCCUUCUGGAGAGGCUACUUGGUCCGGUCCGUCUUCAAGUCAAAAAGGAAGAAGAAGAAGAAGGGCAAGGGCAAGAAGGUCAAGAAAUAA